AUGGCUUCUCAUUCGGAGCGUCCAAUACUUUUUAUCCUCUCACUUCCUCCUGCUUCCAGCCCAAACCUUUCCGUUCGGAGUAUACUGUGCACAUUCUCGAAUAACGUCCACUCGUUUGAUCAGCAACAUCACAGAUGGCGUCCUACAUCGGAGCACAAUCAAGAUGGCUUUUCAACCAACGCUAAUACUAAUUUCCUCUCGUAUUUUCCUUCUUUUUCAAAGACUACUACAACUAUUAUCGUUAUAUUCUCAUUUUGUUGUAAUCUGUUUUUUCUCUCUUUUCUCUUCAAACUGAACUUAAUCAUUUUCUGCCGCCAUUUUAUUCUCGGUAACUACAAAAGAAUUUCAUUUAAUUUUCUUCUUUUUUUAUCUAUGUCUUUUCUUCUCAAAACGCAAUCGGCUUUUGAACAUCUCUCUCCUUUUAAUUCUCCGAGAUGUGUUUCCUUUCCUUCUUUCUUCUUUUUGACCAGUUGCCAAACCUCUGAUCUGCGACUGUCAGAACAUUUACUUCUGUCUUGGGCCGUUCAUCUGAUCCGUUGA